CCAACACUACAGUUUAGUUGGAAGUUGAAGAUUGCGUGCAGUGCAGUGCAGCAGCAAUAAUAUAACGAAAGAAGGAUACUCAAGCCGCAAGGUAGUUGACGACGACGACGACGAAGUAGAAGAAGAAGAAGAUCCUUCCGUAAUUAACCAUGGGUAACAUACACACAACGGGCCCGAAUGAGGCGUUAAUUGUUUCAGGUGGUUGCUGCGGCUCCACGAAAAAGCGUACCAUUGUUGGAGGUUGGGCUUGGGCCUGGUGGCUGGUCACAGAUGUGCAACGACUCUCCCUCAAUGUGAUGACAUUGAAUCCCAUGUGCGAGAAUGUGGAGACGGCACAGGGUGUGCCAUUGACCGUAACGGGUGUUGCGCAAUGCAAAAUCAUGAAGUCAUCAUCGUAUAAGAAUAAAGAUUAUAAUAAUGACGAGGCCGACGAACUGUUGGGCACUGCCAGUGAGCAAUUUCUGGGCAAGAGUGUUAAAGAGAUCAAACAAACAAUUCUACAAACUCUAGAAGGUCAUUUGCGUGCCAUAUUGGGAACGCUUACAGUCGAAGAGGUGUACAAAGACCGAGAUCAGUUCGCCGCACUGGUGCGCGAGGUGGCCGCUCCUGAUGUCGGACGCAUGGGCAUCGAGAUCCUUUCGUUCACCAUUAAGGAUGUGUACGAUGAUGUCCAAUACUUGGCCUCGCUGGGCAAGGCCCAGACGGCGGUGGUGAAGCGCGAUGCCGAUGCCGGUGUGGCCGAGGCCAAUCGAGAUGCUGGCAUUCGGGAGGCCGAGUGCGAGAAGAGUGCCAUGGAUGUGAAAUACUCGACCGACACGAAAAUCGAGGAUAAUACACGCAUGUAUAAGCUGCAGAAGGCCAAUUUCGAUCAGGAGAUCAAUACGGCCAAGGCUGAAUCUCAAUUGGCCUACGAAUUGCAGGCAGCGAAAAUACGUCAAAGGAUACGUAACGAAGAGAUCCAAAUCGAGGUGGUGGAGAGGCGUAAGCAGAUUGAGAUCGAGUCACAGGAAGUGCAGCGUAAGGAUCGCGAAUUGAUGGGCACUGUAAAACUGCCAGCCGAAGCGGAAGCCUAUCGUGUCCAGACAAUGGCCCAGGGAAAACAGUGUCAGACCAUCGAAAGUGCCCGUGCUGAAGCGGAACGCAUUAGGAAAAUCGGUUCAGCGGAGGCUCAUGCCAUUGAACUGGUGGGCAAAGCCGAGGCCGAACGUAUGCGAAUGAAGGCCCAUGUCUAUAAGCAGUAUGGCGAUGCAGCAAUCAUGAAUAUUGUUCUCGAAUCUCUACCCAAGAUUGCUGCCGAAGUGGCUGCCCCAUUGGCCAAGACCGAUGAGAUUGUGCUCAUUGGUGGCAACGAUAAUAUAACCAAUGAUGUGACACGUCUGGUGGCUCAAUUGCCGCCAUCGAUUAAUGCAUUGACUGGUGUCGAUUUAUCAAAAGUACUAUCGAAAAUUCCAGGAGCUAAGGCGUGAAAUCUACGGACAUGGCAUGAACAACAACAGCAACAACAACAACAACAACACGAACAAAUGGCCACAAUGACGAUCACGACGUAACAUAACCCGUAAAAACGAGAAAG